AUGAUCGUUUACGUUCCGGGUAGAAUGCCAAGCCACGUUGGUGCGUACGGCUCCGUUCGUUAUCCUGGCACGUUGCUAGGAGCGAUACCGGGUUUUUACAGCCCGAUUUCCGGUUACCCGACUAGCCCAAACAUCAACUACUACGGGAGUCUCAGCCUGCAUCAACAAGCACCGCUAGACCUUCCGGUUUGGCCGCGAAGCAUGCCGGUCGAGGAAGAACUCGGAACUUCCCCAUCGACCGCGUUGCCGGGUUUGGGAGUGUCGCCUGAUGGUUUGACGAACGGUGGUCCACCGAGCCCAGUGCACAGCGAUUCAGACGCCUCCAACUCCAGUUUGGAACUCGGCUCUAUUCGACGUGGAGAGAAUGCCCAACUAAAGUGCAGAUGGCAGAAUUGUGGUCGUUGGUUCACGUCCUUGGAACAGCUGGCAGGACAUGUUGCACGAUUGCAUGCUGCGCCGGGACCACGUGGACUCUUUUAUUGUGGUUGGGAAGGAUGUGCCAGAGGUGAACGUGGGUUUAAUGCUAGGUAUAAGAUGCUGGUCCAUGUCCGAACGCACACGAAUGAAAAGCCGCAUCAUUGUUUUCAAUGCGAUAAAAGUUUCAGCAGAGCGGAGAAUCUCAAAAUUCACGCUCGUUCCCAUACAGGUGAACGUCCUUAUGUCUGUCCUGUCGAAGGUUGUAAUAAAGCCUACUCGAAUUCCUCGGACAGAUUCAAGCACACCAGAACUCACGCCGUAGAUAAGCCUUACUGUUGUAAGGUUCCCGGUUGCCCGAAGAGGUACACUGAUCCCUCAUCUUUGCGUAAGCAUGUAAAAACAUAUAGACACUACGUAAAUAACAACGAUAAAGUGCAAGAGAAGAGUUUCGAGGAGAAUAAUUCUCAGGAAAAGACAAGGUUCGACACCGUUUCACCAGAAAAGCAAAGUAGUAGUACUCACUCUGAAUCGUCUGAUAAAAAAGAUAGUAGCAUCGAAAGCAGCAUGUCAAGUUUGAGCCCGAAAGCUAGCAAUAGUUUUGAAGAGCAGAGGAAUUUUGUUGAGUGGAAUAACAUGUAUAAUCUUCACGACCAACGUAAGGAACCGGAACAGAUAACACCUAGAAAAACGUACGAACAGGAAGUGAAAAUCUAUCCAAGGAUCUACGAUGACAGUUAUAUAAUACCGGAAAGAAUUCAAGUGAAUCCUAUGUAUGUUUCUAAUAACGCGAUCAUUAAAGGAAGUCCACCGCAAUCGAUUCAAUCGCCUCAGUCCAGUCCGCAUCAUGUUCCUGAUACGUUGCCUCGCAUCGGAACACAAUCGACACCUAUUAAGAUCGAAGAAUCCGUUGAAUGUCCCAGUAAAAUUAGCUCUGUUGAUUACAGAAAUAUCGAGUCGAUCAUUAACAGCACACCAUGUAAAAAGGAAAAUAUUGGGAUUAGUGAUCCUGUGAGACAUUCUGUGAUAAAACGAGCAGAAGAUCUUAAGAUGGAAGUCGAGCAAAUGCCGAUCAAGGAAGAGAUUUGUAAAGAUACCACCGAUUGUUGUUGUCGUCACAAAUGUUGCGUACAUAAUAACGAUAUUUUGAAAAAAACAAAGAUCCUUUCAGAUUUGAUUCUUAAAACACAGAAUCCUUUAUUUAGACAUCUGUUGGGCACGGUAGAUUUGCAGUACGGAUUGCAGAAUAUGUGGGGUAACAUCGUGGAUACGAACAAUACCUGUGGACAAGAUCUUCGAGUUAAGAAUGAAAAUGUUGUCGAAAUGGAGCAGGAUCUUCCAUUAGAUUUAACGAUUAAUAAAUAAAGAGAAUUUUAAAUCACAUGGAAGUUAGCUUUUAUAAAAAAAAGCUAUCUAUAAGAAAGACACUCAAAAUCCUACAGAUCUACGUUUUUUUUACAAAUCGAUAUAUAUUUUAAGUUUUGAAAAAAAAUUUGUUUUAAACUACCGAUUAUAACUAAUAUUCGGCUUUCGAGGCCGUCCUAAUGUUUGAAUAUUUUCUUGAUGCUUCCUAAUAUUAAAAAAUGUUAUUUUCAAUUAUAACAUUUUUCAAUAUUUACAUAGAUUCAGGACGACCUAGAAUGUUAAAUUUGAAUCUAUAUUUUAAGUUAUAACCGGUAGUUUCGUUUUCCUAAUUUUAUGUCAUUUUUGAAAAUUAUGCAAGAAUGUUAUUUUUUUUUUUUGGAAUUAGUAUUUUUUUUUUUUUAUAAAUAUAUAUGUAUACGUAAAGUAUUUUCAAUUCGCUGAUCACUAGAGAAAUUUCUCUAAUAAAAAUCAAGGAAGAUGAGGAUUGAUAUGUACCGGUGAGAAAGAUGAAAAAAAGUUGGUCCGUUUUUGUUAGACUGUGAAGCCAAAUAUAUAUUGUAAUACAUUAAUGUCUAUCUUAUAAAGCAGAAACAAGUUUGAUAUCGAAUAAGAUUUGCUCAAUCUUAAUUCGUUAAUAAUUAAAAAAUCUGAGAUAUAAGUUUACGGGUAAUUCGAUCAAUUCAAAAUAAUUGUCGAAACCUGUAUAUACAUACGUUAAACCCAAAUUUAACAAACAAAAUAGAAGAAAAAAGAUGUAAAAUAUUACAUAUUUUAUGGAAAUUUCAAAAAAUAUUAUGGUUGAAAACGUAGCUGUAUCAUAAUGAGUUUGAAAGAAAUUAUUCAAUAUAUUAUAUUCAACAUCUAUGUAUCAUAUGUAUAUAAAGAUGUAUUAUGUAUAAGGUAUUCAUGAAGAAAAGUAUGAACGUUUCUGCAAUGAAAAGAGUGUGUUUAAUAACAUUAAACUAUUCAAUAAAAAAUAUUAUUUAUAUAAAAAA